CGACACGGAAUGUUUUGAUGGUUACACUAAAGAGUUGUAAAGCCAAUAGAAGUCUCUUCUUCCCUUACCUGUGUAGUAAGGUUUCUGUCAUUAGUUUUAAUUACAUUUAAGGAGAACAUGUUUAUAUAACGAGUUGCUUUGAUUGUGUAUUAUGUAUAGGGAAUUUAAUACCCGGAUAAUCUGGGCGAGUAACUUAGUGUUAGCACAACGUUAAAGGAAAUGGCGACAUUUAGCUAGUAGCAGCAGGACUUUAAUUAACAUAGCCUAUUUUGUGAGUGAAAUACAACGCAUGGGAUAAGGCUGUGGACCUCGUCGGACUUUACAUUUCCCCAUGUGCCCCAGCCGUAAAGAGCUAAUGUCUGACUGCUAGCGUUAAUGGUCACUGUGGGAUUAUUAUGUGUCGAGUCAAUUUUCGAAGCUAGUUUGCCAGCCAUUAUUAACGUAGUCCCGUGUGAACAGAAAGCUCAGUUUUCACAUAGGCGCUCGACUAUAAAGCUAAUAUUUUAGAUAUAGUGUUUGCUUCUGUAAGCGGGACUCGAGGCUAGCACCGGAAACAAAACAGGCUUUCAGGAUGGCCCAGGCAGACAGCAAGAUGAUGGUUCUGGGAGCAUUGGCUGGGGUGGCUGGCAUUGGUUUGGCUGUGGUGUGUUACCAAGGCAUUAGGUCAAGACGAAGAGCCUCGUGUCCGGGGUUCUAUCUCAACCGUGCUAAUGCACAGGGGACCGGUAUCAUGAUGGUGGACGGUCCGGUUCUGCCCACUGGUCAGGCUGAGGUGCUGAAGCGCCUCGAGGCCCUGAUCCAGUGUGUGUCUGAGCUGAAGGAUGAGAUGAAGGCAUUGAAGAACGCUCUGCCAACCCUGCAGGACCAAGUCACGGAGGAGCUGAGGGGGCGCAGUGAGGUGCGUCGAGCUAGUCCUCUACACAGGACCACACCAACACGAAGGAAAAGGGCUGCAGGCACCGUCACUGGGUCCAGACCUGGGGGUCGGAGUUCAGAGGAAGCAGAGAGCGAGGGAGGGUAUAUGACUGCACUGACAGACUCUGAGGAUGAAGAGCUGAGUGAUACUGAACAGAGUGACGAGGAGCAGCCUGAGAAGAAGUUAGCUGUCCUUCUUGAGAGGGUCGACCGUUUGCAUCAGGGCAAUGAAUGUGACAAAAGGGAAAGUAUCAAAAUCCUAUUAGAGCACAGAGAGGAGUUUGGACAGAACUCAGCAUUUCUUUGGCGGCUAAUUCGAGCUUACUGCGAUGUUCAUGAUAUCAGCUCCACUCUGGAGGAGAAGAAGAUCCAAGCAGAAACCGGGAAGAAGGUUGGUGAGGAGGCAGUGAGCCUGAACCCUAUGUGUGCUGAGAGUCAUCAGUGGUACGCCAUCAUGUGUGGGAUUAUGACAGAAUAUGACACCAUACAGAACAAGAUAAAGUAUGGAUACAUCUUUAAGGAUCAUCUCGAUAAAGCCAUCGAGCUGAAGCCGCAUGACCCCAUGUCCUACUACCUGCUGGGCCGCUGGUGCUACGCAGCGGCUCAGUUAUCAUGGAUUGAGAGGAAGGUUGCAGCCACGUUAUAUGGAGAACCUCCAAGUGCCACAGUUGAAGAUGCACUGAAAAACUUUCUUAAGGUUGAGGAGAUCCAGCCUGGAUAUUCUAAACUCAACUAUGUGUUUCUAGGCAAGUGCUACAAAGACCUGGGCCAGAUGGAAAAAGCUAUGGAUAUGUAUGAAGCUGCUUGUUUAGCAGAUGCUGUCUCCAAAGAGGAGGAAGAGGCACAAAAGGAGCUGGACUUACUCUCCCAAGCACUUGGCAUGUGACAACACCGAGCAGUAGCACAUUCUUUUGGAAAUGUUUUUCCAUGUGGUAAUGGCAGUGUGUGUGUGUGUGGGUGUGAAUAUAGUGUGUAUUCAGAGGCCAUUAUGUUAGUUCACUCUGUGAGUGGAGGCAGGUGCAUUGUGGCAUUAUGUCAUCAGCGGGAGUAAUAAGUUGUCCUGUCAGAACCACCCUGUGUACUUUUAAAUCAGGCUUGUUUCUAAUGUUGUGCUUGCGUAAACAUUUAAUAGUGGAAAAAGAACUUGACAUAGCUGGUUGAACUAAAUCAGUGAGAUAAUUGCCCUGUCAUAUAUAAUCAAGCCUAUUGCCAUCAAGUCGUUGAGUUGGAUUUUUUUUAAUUAUUACAGAAAUUUGAUUAAUCAUAAACUAAACAGGAUUCAGUGUGAUUGAUAUAUAUGUAUUAGUGCUGUCAAAGUUAAUGCGAUAAU